GAAGAGUUUGUGCUGGUGAUAAACGACAUGCCUGCUGAAGAUAAUCUCAAUCAAAGAAAAAAGAGGAAAGUAAUUGUUCUCUUCAUAAUUUCAAUAACAAUGGCUAGCAUGGCUGUUUUCCUUGCUUUUGUUCAGGAGGGCAGAGAUGUCUUAUUCGGUGGAACAAAAGAAAAUGCAGUUAGAAGAACUACACAGGAGGGAGCUUCCAUAACCAAAGGGCAAGCAAUCAAAGGGGAAAAAAGCCUUCUACAAAGAAGCAAAACAAUGGCUCCUGCACGCUUUUUGGCUUUUUCGAGAUACCUAGGAGAAGAGGCUCGGUCCGCCUCUCAAGCAGCUGAAAAAAUGGAAGCUUCAAUACAGGAAUUGAAAGAGAAAUUUCACCAGAGGCAUAAACGAUCCUUGCUUCAGAGCGAUCUGUUACCUUCUGAAGUUCUCACUAUGAUUUUCAAUAUAUCUGGAUGCCUGCCUUACAUGCUACCACCCAAGUGUCCGAACAAUUGUAUGACUAGGAAAUAUAGACAUAUCACUGGAGCCUGCAAUAACAGGGAACAUCCUCGGUGGGGAGCUUCCAACACAGCUCUGGCUAGAUGGCUCCCACCCACUUAUGAAGAUGGACUCAGCCAACCAAGAGGAUGGAACCCUGGUUUCCUCUAUAAUGGAUUCCCUUUGCCUUCGGUGCGUGAAGUGACAAGGAAAAUCAUUGAAGUGUCUAAUGAGGCUGUUACAGAAGACAAUCUGUAUUCUGAGAUGAUCACUGCAUGGGGUCAGUACAUAGAUCACGACCUGGCGUUCACACCACAAAGCAUCAGCCAACCUAACCUUGCAGGAGCAGCAGAUUGUCAACUGACUUGUGAAAACCGAAGUCCAUGUUUUCCAAUACAGGUUUUUGCCAAUGAUUCACUCUCCAUGAGCAGGGACUGCUUGCCGUUUUACCGCUCAUCCCCUGCGUGCACCACUGGUCACUAUGGAGUUUUGAUUGGAAACGUAUCAGCCUUAAAUCCAAGGCAACAGAUUAAUAGCCUAACCUCCUUCCUCGACGCAUCUACGGUUUAUGGCAGCACACCGGCAGCAGAGGCCAAACUGAGGAACCUGACAAGCAACGAAGGCCUCCUGAAAACAAAUGUGGAAUAUUUUGACACCGGUCGGGAAUACCUUCCUUUUGUUGAUCAGGUGCCUUCUCCCUGCAGUCAAGACCCUAAAGCACCCGAAGGAGAAAGAAUCGAAUGUUUUAUGGCCGGGGACACUAGGGCAAGUGAAGUUGUUUCAUUGGCAGCUAUGCACACCCUCUGGUUGCGAGAACACAAUCGCCUUGCCAAAGCCUUGAAGACCCUCAACCGGCACUGGAGUCCCGAGACGGUUUACCAAGAGGCUCGCAAAAUUGUUGGGGCUCUCCAUCAGAUUAUUACCAUGAGAGACUACAUCCCCAAAAUCAUUGGCCCAGAGGCUUUCGACCAAUACGUCGGUGCUUAUAAAGGCUACGAUCCCUCCGUCGAUCCCACAGUCACCAAUAUAUUCGCCACAGCAGCUUUUCGUUUUGCUCACGCUGCAAUUCAUCCUGUGAUAAAGAGGCUCAACACGGUGUACCGAGAGGACCCGAGUCUUCCCAAUCUUCUGCUGCAUGAAGUUUUUUUUACUCCCUGGAGACUCAUUAAAGAAGGUGGCUUAGAUCCUUUUUUGAGAGGAAUGCUGACAACUGCUGCAAAACUACAGUUACAAGACCAACUGAUGAACGAGGAAUUGACGAAGAGGCUUUUUGUGCUGUCUAACAAUGGUUCUCUGGACUUAGCAUCAUUAGAUUUACAACGGGGACGUGAUCACGGCCUUCCAGGUUACAAUGAGUGGCGAGAAUUCUGUGAUUUGCCCAGACUAAUGACAGAGAAUGAGCUGGGAACUGCGAUAGGAAACAGGAAGGUUGUCAGCAAGAUCAUGGAGCUGUACGGCAACCCCAACAACAUUGAUGUCUGGCUAGGGGGUAUAGGAGAAAACCUUCUUCCGAAUGCCAGAACAGGACCAUUAUUUGCAUGUAUAAUUGGAAAGCAAAUGAAAGCCCUAAGAGAUGGCGAUCGAUUUUGGUGGGAAAACAGUAAUGUUUUCACUGGCCCACAAAGGAAUGAACUCAAGAAAUACUCAUUAUCCAGAUUAAUCUGUGAUAACUCUGGCCUCAGUGAAGCACCCCUUGAAGCCUUCCUGCUUGGAAAAUUUCCUCAAAAUUUUGAACCUUGCAAAAAUAUACCCAGCAUUGAUUUAGGAGCUUGGCAGGAGACACUUCAACAAGAGUUGACUUGUGACUUCCCAGCACGAGUGGAGAAUGGUGACUUCAUCCAGUGCUCAGAGGCAGGAAAAUCUGUGGUGAUCUACUCGUGCCACCAGGGAUACAAACUAAUAGGACGAGAACAGUUAUCCUGUACAAACGGGAGGUGGAAUUCAACACCACCACGCUGUCAAGAUGUGGAUGAAUGUGAAAACAAAGCCGAUCCUCCAUGCCAUUCCUCUGCUGAAUGUGUGAACAGCAAAGGCACCUUCCUGUGUCUUUGCCGCAAUCCCUAUGAACUGGCAGAAGAUGGGAAAUCGUGCAGAGCUUCUGGGAAACUUUCCAAGGAUUCUCUGGUCUCCAUCAUUUUAGGUGUAAUUGUGGUCAGUUGUUUAGCCAUAUCAAGCUGGUUUGUGAUUUGCCGGUGGUGGUCUCACUCGCCUGGAGGCUUCAUUAAUUCACAUGUGUUAAACGGUGAAAGAAAUCCAUCUGCUGAAGUAGCUUGCAAAAACUCGCAUGAAAUGAAUGUGUCGCAAUCAAAUGAAGCAGGAAAACCAGUUGAUAAGGACCCUCCCAGUGGUCCUUGCCUUCGACUUUGCAUAUGAGCGAUUCCUAAACCUUGAAGAAGAUGCUGUCAGGCUAUGUUUUGCAACAGGAAGAAGCAGUGAACUUCAAUCAGAAGAACAACUCCCAUGAGCCCAACAUAUAUAUCUAUGCCAGCCCCCCUCUGUGCUUAGUGGUUAAAAAAUAUCCCACAACAUCUGUAGUCUUUCUUUGUUUAGAAAUGGUCAUUACGACCCUGUGUGAUUCAAUUUAUCAAUGUUAUAAAGGCAAUUUGCACAUGU